AGAACAAAAUGGUUUAUAAAUAACUUCCGUCUCGUCACCGCCACUGUUAGUGCAGUGUACAGUGUGAUGGCUGCUGGAUAGAGAGCAGGUCGCUCUUUGUCUUUGGAUGUUUUGAUGUGAUUAAACACAACACGGAGGAUGAUGAACUAAAGCUCACACAAAAUGGGUGAAGCAGCCAUGAACGAGACUAUCUCCGUAGCAAUGAGCAGGUCCACGGUCCUUGCCCCGGUGGAGUACCGCACGGCCGGCCUGGUGUUCUACUGUUUCCUCUUCAUCAUCGGCUUCUUGGUCAACAUCACGGCGCUAUGGGUGUUCGCCCUGACCACCAAGCGGCGGACCUCAGUCACCAUUCACAUGAUCAACGUGGCCGUGGUGGACCUUGUCUUCAUCCUUCUCCUGCCCUUCCGCAUGAUCUACUACUCGUGGGACUACUGGCCGUUCGGCGACAUGUUCUGCCGGGUGACCGCCGCGCUGACCGUCUUCUAUCCGUGCAUGGCACUGUGGGUGUUUGCGCUGAUCAGCGCCGACCGCUACGUGGCCAUCGUCCAGCCCAAGCACAGCCGCGAGCUCAAGAGCACUCGCAAGGCGGUGGUGUCGUGCGCCGGCGUCUGGGUGAUGACGCUGGGCUGCACAGCGCCGCUGCUCUUCCCCGACGAGGACCCGGACGCGGUAGCCAGCCACAACUUCACCACGUGCCUGAAGAUGCGUGACACCGAGCACCUGCGCCGCGACAACCCCAUCAACUUCGUCCGGCUCAUCUUCUUCUUCCUCGUGCCCAUGUGCAUCAUGGUGGGCUGCUACGCGGUCAUCGUGGACAACCUCAUACACGGCCGCACGUCCAAGCUCAAGCCCAAGGUCAAGCAGAAGUCCAUCCGCAUCAUUGUCACGCUCAUCAUCCAGGUGCUGGUGUGCUUCGUGCCCUACCACGUCUGCUUCGUCUUCCUGCUACUGUCGCCGGACAGCAACGAGGUCUACAGCGGUUGGGGCGCCUUCACCACCCUCCUGAUGAACCUCAGCACGGUGCUGGACAUCGUCCUCUACUACAUCGUCUCCAAGCAGUUCCAGGACCGCGUCAUCAGCGUUAUCCUCUAUCGGAACUACCUACGCAGCAUCCGGCGCAAAAGCAUGCACACCAGCAGCGUGCGCUCUCUCAGCAACAUCACCAGCGCCAUGAUCUGAGAAGGGCAUGCUGGGAUUGACACAUUGCCACUGGAUGAUUGGACAUUGGACGAUGGGCAUCAAAAACAAAUGACACAAUCAGUCUCAUUGUCUCAUUGUGCAGGGGCUUAGGGAGAUAUAGACACAAUGAUCUCAGUUGGGCAGCCAGCUGUGAUGGACAUCCUAGGGGUUGGGUGGAUGGAUGGGAUGAACGACUAUAGAGUUGAUGGGCAUCAAACAAAAAAAAUGACUUGGUCAGCUAGUCUCAUUGUUACCAAGCCUUAGGAUGCUACAGACAUUCAGUCAAAAACAUAGAAAUGAAAUGUUAUGGUGAAUGAUUUGAAAUUGCUGUGUACAGAGAUUUAAAAGACAAAUGGGGCAUGUUUAAUGAAGACCAAACUGACCAUGGCUGGGAAAUACAUUUAAGCUCCUCUUGUGAGUAAUGAAUUGCAUUAGUUGCUGUAAGGUCACACAUUGGUUGAUUAUUUCUGCUUAUAAGUUUUGAACUUCCGCUUUGAGGCUGAACUUUAGGAAAGUAAAAACAAACUGUCUGUGCAAUGUGA